AUGGCUGAUCGCGAAGACUACAAGAGAGAGGAGGAUGACGAUGCGGAGGAGGAGCUCGAUGAGACUGACUACAAGGCACAAAAGGACGCUGUCCUUCUGGCCAUUGAUGUGAGCUCGUCAAUGCUGCAGCCGCCUCCAGCAUCAAACUCCAAAAAGGCAGACAAGGACAGCGCCGUCCAGGCCGCGCUGAAAUGCGCCUAUCAGCUUAUGCAGCAGCGCAUCAUCUCCAACCCCAAGGACAUGAUGGGCAUCCUCUUCUUCGGCACCGAAAAGUCCAAGUUCCAGGAGGAAAGCGGUCGCAGUGGCCUGGGCUAUCCCCACUGCUAUCUCUUCACUGACCUAGACGUCCCCGCAGCGGAGGACGUCAAGGCGCUGAAGACAUUAGUGGGGGUCGACGGGGAGGAGGGAGAAGACGAAGAUGAGGUGUUGGUGCCAGCCAAGGAGAGCGUCCAGAUGGCGAAUGUCUUCUUCUGCGCAAACCAGAUUUUCACAACUAAGGCGGCGAACUUCGGAAGCAGGAGGUUGUUCAUCAUCACCGACAACGACAGUCCUCACGGCGAUGACAAGGCGGCCAAGUCCGCUUCUGCCGUGCGCGCAAAGGAUCUGUACGACCUUGGUGUUAUCAUCGAGUUGUUCCCUAUCACCAGGGACGACAAGAAGUUCGACCUCGCCAGGUUCUACGAUGAUAUAAUCUAUCGUGACCAAACAGCAGAGGCAAAUCUUUCAGAGAUCCGCAACUCGAGAUCAGGAGACGGCAUCACUCUUCUCAACUCCCUAAUCUCAAAUAUCAACUCCAAGGAGACCCCCAAGCGCUCCCUCUUCUCCAAUCUCCCCUUCGAGAUCGCCCCAGGGCUGCGCAUCUCCGUCAAGGGCUACAACAUCCUCCACCGCCAAACACCCGCCAGAACAUCCUACAUCUGGCUUGACGGCGAGAAGCCCCAGCUCGCCACAGGCGAAACAACUCGAAUUGCAGAGGAUAGUGCCCGCACAGUCGAGAAGCCCGAGUUCAAAAAGGCCUACAAAUUUGGCGGCGAGUACGUCCACUUCACCACCGAGGAGCAAAAGUCCCUCAAGGACUUUGGUACCCCCAUAAUCCGCAUCAUCGGCUUCAAGCCGCGGUCCAUGCUCCCAUUUUGGGCCAGCGUCAAGAAGUCAACUUUCAUCUUCCCUUCCGAGGAGGAUUACGUCGGCUCGACCCGCGUCUUCACUGCCCUCUGGCAGAAGCUGCUCAAGUCCAAAAAGAUUGGAGUCGCAUGGGCUAUCACUCGCUCCAACGCGAACCCGAUUCUCGUUGCCAUCAUUCCCUCCCACGAGCAAUCCGAAGACGACUCCACCACGCCCUACCUACCCGCAGGCCUCUGGCUGACACCUCUCCCCUUUGCCGAUGACCUCCGCGAAGGCCCUGAGCCGCCCGCCGACCUCGUCCGCAGCACCAACGAGCUCACCGACCAAAUGCGCGUCAUCGUUCAACAGCUGCAGCUGCCCAAAGCCAUGUACAACCCCAAGAAGUACCCGAAUCCUUCACUGCAGUGGCACUACAAGAUCCUCCAGGUCCUCGCGCUCGAGGAGGAGUACCCCGAGAAAGCGGAAGAUCUGACGGAGCCCAAGUACAAGGCCAUCAGUAAGCGCGCCGGCGGAUACCUCGAAGAGUGGGCUGAGACGCUGCAGGCGGAAGCCAAGAAUGUGAUGGCUAAGCAGGCUAUCAAGCGAGAUGCGGAAGACGAUGACGACGGCAGGCCGGCAAAGAGGGCGAAGGCGGCGCCGAAGGCCAAGGUCUCUGGAUCGGGAAUGACCACGGCGCAGCUCAAGGCCGCUGCUGAUGCAGACACUCUGGGCAAAAUGCUCGUUGCAGACCUGAAGGAUGUCCUUGCUGCGAGAGGCUUGAGCACGGCCGGAAAGAAGGCAGAACUUGUCGAGAGGCUUGAGGAGUGGAUUGAGAGCAAUGCUUGA